AUGCGGGUUACGGGCGCUGGCAGCGGGCGUCCCCCGAACGGGCGCGUGUCCGAGGGGCGAUGGGCGCACGACCAGCGCCGCUACGGCGCGGCACGAGCACAGCAGGGGAGGCAUGGCGAGUGCCUGGGUGGCCGCGGGCGGCACAGCCGCGGUGAGCGCGAGGCGGAGCGAUGGUUGGCGGCGGGAGCAGCGGGGAAAAGGCGCAGGCGAGCAGGGCAGGGGAAAGCGAGGCGAGCGGCGAGGGGACAAGGCCGCGGCGGGGCGGCAGGGCAAGUGGAGCGGCUGUGGGUACGGGGCGGGAUGCGCACGGAGCGCGCGCGGGAGCGGCGAGCAGCUGCAGGGAAGCAGCAGCGGCAGGCUGCGGUGGCGGGGACGAUGGCCAGGGGGUGCGGCCAUGGAGCCACGGGCGCGAGCGGAGCAGCGUGCGGGUGGCAGAACAGCACGGCGACGUGGUCGGGGGCGCGAGCGCGCGCGCGGAGGCGCGGCCGAAUCCGGUGA